UCCUGGUAUGGGGUAGACUCAGGGUUUUUUAGGAUAAUGAAAUUAAAUAGCCUACUCUGAAUAUAAAAUUUAGUUCGUGAACUUAAACUUAUACUUUAUUUGUUAUUUAUUAAAUAACAAUUUUCCAAGGAUUUUUGAAUGGAUGCUAAUUUUAAAUAUAUUUAAAAGCUCACGUACCCCGCCUUCACUUAACCCCAGGGGUACGCGUACCCCCAUUUGAGAACCACUGUUGUAGUGAAUGGGCAGAGGGGGACAUUUAAUUAUGUGAUUGGGAAUAUUACAACAGAACAGAACAGGACAGGACAACAGAAGGGCCAUACAAAGUAUGGGAUGCAUAUUGGAUCAUUUAUAUCAUAUUAAAUAUGUAAUUUAUAUCGUUUAAAAUAAACGAGGCGAAACUAUCGGUUUACAGAAGUGUAGGGGGCGGAGAGGAAGCGCUUGGCACUGCGCUCCGCGGCGCUGUGUAAACUGGUGUCUUCAACAUGUCGCUCCUCUUAUUCCUAACCUCGUCUCUAUUAUUCUCAUGUCUGGACAGUUUGACUGAAGCCCACCCAACGCAUUUACCGAGGAGGGUGUUCACAGACAAAGAGAUUGCAGUUAAAAGAUCACCUGUACCUGGAAACCAUGCACCUGUACUGAUCCUCCUGAGAGGAGAGCCAGACUCUGUCACAGCCGCAGGACAAACCCACUUGUACACAUACGACUUUCAGCAGCCCCAGAAGGCUCCCGUAGAAAGGAGGCUGGUGUGGGAGGAGUGCACUCCUGAGGAUUGCGGCUAUAACAUCACAGUGGUCCACGAGAGGCAGGAGCCUGACCAGGCGUUAGUGUGUGGAACCGACGGCAGAGAGACGCUGUGCUGUGACGUGAAUGUCACUGCACAGUCACCCACAUGCACCCCUUCAGAUAAGUUGGGGGCCAUAGAAAGUGGCAUAAGGUCAUUCAUCGUGAAGGAAGGUGAACCAUCGGCGCUUGUGGAAUCAGCAGAAAGUGCCGACCUCUACAUCACCAACUCUGGAUCUCAGGAGUAUGUUGGCAUCCACAAGUUUGGUAAAAACAGAGUUGGACCAGCGAGUCAUAAUAAAGAGCAACACUAUGUGGGUUUGAUGCUCAGCAGAGAAAUAGAUGCUCCCUUACAGGAUAAGGUUUUUGCUUUCUACAAGGAGAAAAACAGAGGUACUGACUCGCGAGAUGACAUGUGGCUCCCGUACGUCACCCGGGUUUGCAUGGUAAGGCCUUUAGGAUCGAUAACUUUCUCAUUUAUAUUAGUUAGAAUGUAAAACCAUCGGAAGAUA